GCCCCCUGAACCAAAAGAUGAUAAAAAUCGGUUUCCCAUCAGGAAGAAUAAACCCUUAACCCCCACUUGGAUAAGACAAAACCACUCCUAAGGGUCCCGUCUGGGCAAUAAAAGGAUCAGAAGUGACACAGGAAGGGCGGGGAUGCUCGACAAGGUGUUAUCAAGGCACCAGGCAGGCUCGGCAGGGUGGCAGUGCGAGGCCUGGUUCUCUCUGGUUCUGUGUCUGUUUCUGUGUUACGGUGCUCCUUCACGCCACUCCUGCAGGUGCUCCUCGAGUCUCAGGGCCUCUCGAGCGGGAUUUUCACAAAGGACACGCUGUCUUCUUCUCCUAGACAUGGCUUCGGAGAAACUCAAAGUGAUGGUUCUGGGAGGGUGCGGCUUUAUUGGCAGAUACAUAGUAGGUGAAUUAUUGGCCAAGAAUGUUGCAUCUACAUUGUGUGUUGUAGACAAGGUUCCACCCCAGAUUGCGUGGUUGAAUGAAGAGCAGAACAAGGUGUUCAAUGAUGAACGAGUUGUAUUCAAAAGUGCAAAUCUCAUUAAUACAGCAUCCUGUGAGGCAGUGUUUGCAGAGGAGGAGUGGGACUGGGUGAUCAAUGCAGCAGGAGAAACUAAGACAGGACAGGUUGAAGCUGUUUACCAUGAAGGAAUUGUUCGCCUCUCAACCAACUGUGCAAAUGAAGCAGCAAAGAGGAAGGUGAAAAUCUAUCUGGAGGUUUCAGCAGGAAACAUGGGGUCAGAUGAAAAGACUCCUCAGAAGGAGGCUGAUGAUUGCCACCCAUGGACGAGCAUAGCCAAGAACAAAUACCAGGUUGAGAAGGAGAUACAGAGCAUCCCCGACCUGAACUGGAUCAUUGUGCGACCUGCCAUUGUAUAUGGCAAGUCUGACCGACUCCUACCACCAGAGUGCUGGCCCAUGGUUGAGCAAAAUAUCCAGAUAGGGCAGUUUGAUCAUUUGCUGCAGGCACAGCAUUUCAACAUCUACAAGAGCACAAAGGCACAGAACAUUAUCACGUCACAAGAUGUUAUAUCAUUGUCUAUGGCACAUGUUAUCACACAAUGGAAUAUCCAUCUUAGUAUCAGCACAGUCAUCAGUCUAAUGGCUAUUAACUUUUCUUAUAAUCUGACAACUGACAUCCCCGUUUCAAUUCACAUUGAACUCAAAGAAAUAUUUGGAGAGUUCUGUGUACUUGGAAAUAUAUGCAAAGUUAAAUUCCUUUUAACAAAUUCACAAAACCAAUUUGAUUUUCCACACUGGAAAUUUUUUAUUUCAUUGCCACAUCUCAAAAACAUGUGUCAGCAAAGUGCACAGUUGAUAAAAUUAUCACAGUUACCAAUCAUGUAUGAAUGGAUGAUGUACCCCAUCUAUUAUACCCUGCCUAUUUCUGGUUUCAGAGCCAUUGUGUGGUUGUGCCAGCAAGGGAAGGCUAAACAAGUCUAUAACAUUGUUGAUGAUGGUAAUACUAAGCAAGGAGACAUCAAUAAUAUUGUUUCAGAUAUAUUUAACAUCAAUCAUGAUGGGCAAACUCUCUUCAUUAUCAUUUUAUUCAUCAAGAAGACAGAUUUUAAAAAUCUGCUCAUGCCUAAAUUCCAAACCGACCUCUUUCCAUUCCAGACAGAUGCGGUGGGGCUUGUCAGUGAAAUCAAUGAGAAGCACUUGGUUCCUUGGGCUGCCAUUUGUUCAGCUGGUGGUCUAGACAACACUCCCCUCACCCCUUACAUUGACCAGAACUCGGUUCAUCCUAACCACCUGCACCUCGAUGGUUCAAAGCUACGUAAGGAGGGAUUCACAUUUUCCGUGCCAAAGCCUAGUCACGACAAUCUCAUGGAGAUACUGAAAGAUUUCAUUGGAAUGAAGAUGUUCCCAGCCAAUGCUCUUCCAAGUCAGUAAUGGAGUUCAAGACUACCUUACAUAAAGAAUAUUUCAAGUGCAAAGGAAGCAGUGAGGUUGCAUUGCAUAUAAGAAGGGAGACAUGUGAAGAAAAUUAAGCAGAAAAAUCAUUGGCCUCUUCAACCAGUGAGACACAGGAAGAAAAAUUACAUACAUGUUAUUGUUGUUAUGAUUUCCACCCCUCUUGGUUUGUGCUUAGAUUUGAACAUUAGCAAACAAUUUGUAGGACACCCCAGAAGCUCUCAUGAUUUUGAAGUCUUUCAAACAAAGGAAAAGAAGAAAAAAGACCAUGGUUAUUAGUCAGGGGCCUUUUAAGACAUACAAUGUCAGUGAUAGAGUUUAUUAGUUUAAAGGUUUUAUACAAAAUAUUAACUAAUCAAAUGAGAAAAUAAAUAAAACAUUGAUUAGUAAGCAUAAGGCAAUUAGUGUGCUUGUAGUAUAAAAGCUUUUCUUUUCUUUUUCUCACUCAUUUUUGUCUCUAAAAGUUCACAGUGGGAGAAGUGAAGUACAAGUUUCAUUAUGAUCUGGAGUGAAUAGUUUUUCAUUUUGCUGCUGUUACUAAAAGGCUUUGGUUGCAGUUAACUAUUAACUGUGAAAAGAUAUCAAGCUAGGUACAGUAUUCAAGUUGUGAUUGUUACAGCAAAUGGAUAUAUAAACGAACUCACUCUGACUUUAACUCUGUACUGAGUCUCACUCCUCUCUUCUAUUUUCUUGUUUUCUUUCUCUUUGCUCUCUUUAAUUUCUUUCCUUUCCUUCCUCUCCCUUUUCCCAUUCUUGCUUGCUCUUUUUCUCUGCUUAACAUUUUCAUGAAACAAUUUUUGUUUAAUUUAAGUGUUCCAAAGAUGGUAAAUCCAGUGACAAAAAAAAAUAUUUAUCAUCUGUGGUGCUUUGUUGGCUUUCAGUGUGCCAAUAGCAUUCUUAGUCUUUUUCAUAAGAUAAAAAAAAGAAAGUACUGUCUUCAGAUGCCUUUUCUAUCUGUUAAUUACUACCAGAAGGCACAAACAGGUUAAACAACUUGUUUAUCAGCAUGGAGAACUAAGUGUGACUAUUGAUUUUUUAUGUAAAUAAUGGGGAACACUAACAAGUCUCACAUAAGGUCUGUUAUUAUCAGAGUUUUUCUGAGGGUAAUUUGACCAUUGCUCAAAGGUCACAAGAUAUUCAGUGCUAUGCCAUGCAGGGCCAUAUUUUUUCUAUGACAUUCUCAUAAUACAUAUGGAUAUUUUUUUAUGUUAACUUUCAUUGUUUCUUCUCUCUUUAUGCUCACUUGGUUUUGUGAAUUUGUUCUGUGAAGUGCAAUAUGGUCAUUAUGUGCGCAUUAAAUUCAAUGACCCAUAUUUGUGGGUCAGUGAUCAGAAAGAUGUUUGCUGAUGAAUAUGAGAAGAAGACUCUUUUCAUUGUCAGUUAUUGUUAAAAUAAUCCAAAUGUUAUAACCUGUUGGAUGCUUAAAAAGAUGUUAGAAUUGAAUGUGUUAUAUAUGUUUACUGAAGUCUGAAGCAGAGAGUCAACUAAGAAAAUACAUUCCAUUUAAUAUGAAAUAUGAAUGUAUAUUGAAAAGAACAUUUUCAGUGUUAUAAUACUAACAAAAGGAAUUUAACUUUGCAUAUAUUUCCAAGUACACAGAACUCUCCAAAUAUUUCUUUGAGUUCAAUGUGAAUUGAAACGGGGAUGUCAGUUGUCAGAUUAUAAGAAAAGUUAAUAGCCAUUAGACCUAGAAUUAAAAAUGUACUCAAAAGGAGAACAGUAAUUAGUUUUUUUCUCUCCAUUUUUUAAUCAAAUACUCCAGUAUACUGUAGAUAAGCAUAGAUGGUUAAUAGAGUAAUGGCUAAUGGCCAGUUUGGAAUUUUUAUUUUGCUGUGCUUAAAAUUGCUUAGGGUUCAUUUCCUUCUUAAGACAGGCUUACAGUAGUCUUGCAUGGAUAUUGUAAUCUUUCAAGAAAAUCAAGUUCUUGUAUGAUGCAUAUUUCCAUUCACUUAAGACAGUGUGUUUGGUUGUCUUUCCAAUACCUUUUUUUCUCUCUCUCUCUCUCUCCAAAAGGAAUUUGAUUCAACCUUUAGUCAGUAGUUUUUAAAAACAUGUAGUAAGUGGUGGUCAUUCUAAUUCCCUAAUCAAAAAAGACAAGACAGGCUAUUAAUUUGUGAUAUUGGUUGACUUUCUGUGAAGACUACAUGCUUUUGCUCAUUUCCAUUUGAGCACAUACCAUUGUAAUAAUUAGUAAUGUUAUCAUUCCUCCUUGUGGUUAAGUGUAGCUAGGUGUUUCAAGCAUUCUAUAAACAUUGACAUACUUG